UGGAUACAGCCCCCCCUCUAAUGGGCAUGGAAGGUUGGCGCUGUAGCAGAGAGAGGAGAUGUGGCAGCUCUGCGUCAUACCAGUGCAGUGAAGAGAAGCCCCCCCCCUUCUUUCCCCAUCUCCCCCACCUCCUCCUUCCUUCCCUCAUUCCCUCCUUCCUUCUCAUCAUCCAAUUUGCACGUUGCUUGAUUCACCCCCCCCCCUCUCCAAUUGUGUCCUAUAUCAGCAUCUGCUCAUCACACAUUCCCCCUCCAACAUCUCACUCUCUCUUUCUUUGCCUGCUGGCUCAGCUCGGCUUCCGCUGUGUUGGCUGACCCAGGCGGACUUUUACUGGCGAGCGUGGGCGAAAGAAAAGAAAGCCACCGCCAACUUCCUGCCUCUGACAGAGAGCGAGCGAGCGGUGGCCCUGCUUCGGAAUCAUACCACUCCCUCUUCUUAUCUCUCCACCCCCCUUGUCUGUCUGUGUUGUUUUUCCUCAGAAGCAUAGCCCAUGCAAGCAGCGUGAGGGCCGAGUGCUGCCGUUUCCUUCAAAGCGGAGCCCCCAACAUGUGAGAAGAUGUCUGUUGGAGGUUGCGCUUGUCCCGGCUGUUCGUCAAAGUCAUUCAAGCUGUACUCUCCCAAGGAACCCCCUAACGGCGGAAGCUUUCCACCUUUCCACCCAGGCGCUAUGCUGGACCGAGAUGUGGGGAGACCCACACCGUAUGGAAACCAGACAGACUAUCGCAUGUAUGAGCUGAACAAAAGGCUACAGAAUUGGACAGAGGAUUGUGACAAUUUGUGGUGGGAUGCAUUCACCACGGAGUUUUUCGAAGACGACGCGAUGCUUACCAUAACUUUCUGCCUUGAAGAUGGACCCAAACGAUACACCAUUGGUAGGACGUUGAUUCCGAGAUAUUUUCGAAGCAUCUUUGAGGGUGGGGCAACAGAGCUCUUCUACAACUUGAAGCAUCCGAAGGAAUCCUUCCACAGUAACUUUGUCUCUCUCGACUGUGACCAGUGCACCAUGGUCACCCAGAACGGCAAACCCAUGUUCACACAGGUUUGCGUGGAGGGUCGUCUGUACCUCGAGUUCAUGUUUGAUGACAUGAUGAGGAUCAAGACGUGGCACUUCAGCAUCAGACAACACCGAGAGGUCCUCCCCAGAAGCAUCCUGGCCAUGCAUGAUCCUCAGAUGCUGGAUCAAUUGGCUAAAAAUAUCACCAGAUGUGGGCUGUCCAACUCCACUCUCAACUACCUUCGUCUGUGUGUGAUAUUGGAGCCCAUGCAAGAACUGAUGUCAAGACACAAGACUUACAGUUUGAGCCCCCGAGACUGCCUGAAGACUUGCCUCUUCCAAAAGUGGCAGAGGAUGGUCGCACCCCCAGCCGAGCCUGCUAGACAAGCGCCCAACAAGCGACGAAAAAGGAAGGUGUCAGGCGGCAGCAACGUGAGCUCCGGCGGGGGCAGCAAUAACAACAGCAACAGUAAAAAGAAGAGCCCAGCCAACAGCUUCUCCCUCUCCAACCAGGACGUGAUGAUGGUGGGAGAGCCCACCCUGAUGGGAGGGGAGUUUGGUGACGAGGAUGAGCGUCUGAUCACGCGACUGGAGAACACACAGUUGGACGGGGCCAACGGCCUGGAGGAUGAGGACUGUUUCAGCAGCUCGCCAGCAUUGAGGUCACACUCGCCCUGGAACAGCAAGCCCCCCUCCAGUCAGGACAGCAAGAAUGACAACUCCCAGUUGUCUCAGUAAACUAUUAACGGAGGCAGGAGGGCACGGGGAAGGCAGUUAUUUUGUUAAUUCAAAGAUGGCUGCUGCAUGACUGAAGAUGGAGGGGUGUUCCUUCAUGGACUAGACCGAGGACCUGGUUGGAACAAAAACCUGUACAGUGCCGGAGCUUGAGGACCGGAGUUGAGAACCACUACGCAAUCUCUAUCACCUCCAACACACACACACACACACACGCACACAAUCUCUGUUUCAUACAAACUCCAACAUUUGGGUACAGCAGAACUGUGGUACGCAGCAUGUCUGGACAAGAUUCGACAGGAGUGUGUUUUCAUUUUCUUUCCUUUUAACGUAAAGAAAAAAAAAAGCCCAGAAAUAUUUUAUGCACUGUUUUCACCAUUAACUCCAAUCUAUUUUUCUUAUUGACUGUGUUCUUUUUUUUUUCUCCCUUUCCCUCUUUAUUGCUGAUGUAAGAAGUGAAAACCAUCUGAACCUUGCAGUAUAUUCAUGUAUAAAUAUUUGCUGUUAGACCUUUCUUCUUGUGAUGGUAAUAAUGUGAAUCGAUAUAGAAUCCUCCAUCUUGUGUCACACUGUCAGUCAAUCAAGGCCAGUGAUUUGAAUGCUAUGAUAACAUGGUGGAUGGCAGGGAUGGGGACACUUUAGCCAAUGGGAUGCAAUUAAAAAAUAUAUCACAAUGGGCAAACUCAUAGGAUCAUUGAACAACAGAAUUGGCAAAUGCUCAUUGAGAUGAACCUUGUUUUCAUUGUCAUUUUUUUUCCAUUUUGGUCGGCGUUUUUUGGACCAUCCAACAGGCAAACGGUUCCCCACUCCUUUGGUACGAUAGGAAGGCCUGCUUUGUAUUCGCUGUCUCAUUGUCAUCUUUAAUUCUACCUGGGGUGUACUCUCUUCUAACAGGGAAUAGAAAACAGUCCAAAUUUGCUACUCAUAUAUUUUAACAACACAUUUUGACUUCAUUGUAAGAUAAGAAGAGGAAAAAAAAACUUUUGUAUUAAGUUUCCCAGAACCGUUUUUAACCCCAAUUAAAGAAAGCUGCAGACCAAGGAGCUCCAUGUAAAGAAUCUUUCGAUAUCAACUACACUGCGCUAUUUGGUUUUCAUGAAGAAACAUUUUAUUGGCUUUACUUCUCAUGUUUUGUCUGUGCUUGUAUAUUUUUAGCUAGUCCUUUCUGUAAAGGUUAUUAUAUGUAUCCCUCUCCUAGAACUAUAAGAAUCCCAAUUUUAAUGUAAAGAGAUAAAAAAAAGCCUCUUUAAAGUUUUGUUUUGAAAUGUGAUUUUUAAUGGUACAAUCACAGAUAUUACAAUUGCGGCCUCAUUUUAGCAAACUGUAUUUAUUUUUCUAUGUACUGACAUGCUGUUUUUAGUCCAAUCCACUUGUACAGUGCUCAUCAAUAACCAGCAGAGUUUUUAAUGGCUGCUGGGUCAGUAAAUGCUGAAAGAGGUCUUUUUUUUCUGGUCAUACAACGCCCAAGUAAAUACAGUCUGAUUGUUCACACACGCACAAAAAUAACUUUUCUUUGCUGUUGUAGUUUCUCGGUCCAUCUGAAUCAUGUAUCAGAUGUACAAAUAAAAGAAUCAGUUAGAUGAC